UCAACCUCUUUGUCGUCUUUCUGCCACCCAUGUACCCUGUGCUUCGAUAGCAGUUUCUCAAAUUCUUUCCCCAAACGUGGUGUUUGCACCCUAAUCUCAAAGUCAAUAGUACUAUGGAACAUAAUGCACGCGCCGGUCCCUCAUCGGAUUCCUCGGUGUCGCUAGACUCGUCUGGCAGCCAAAUUCACGAAGAUGCGUUCUCUGACGAAGAAGAUAUGAAUGCUGCUGGCUCGGGCUAUGAGGCGGAAACUGAUGCGGAGGAGAAUGCAAAUGGCGGGUAUGAGGAGCUGCACGCGGAGCUGAAUGGAAGUGCUCGCGAGGAUAAAGGAAAGGGAGUUGCGCGUUCGCAGGAAUCAUCUAUCAAAGAUCACAGCGUCCCGAAGACACCGAAACCGAAGUCGGGCUCUUGGUCUGAACUCGAUUUGUCGUUGGUCGUAGCCUUGGUUUCGCCCAUCGGAAAUUGGCUCACUGGAAGUGACCAUAUCAAGAACUUAUUGCUAAUCGCCUUCUUGAUAUUCUACUUGCAUCAACUUAUUGAGGUCCCAUGGCAGUUAUAUCACGCCUCUCGACCACGCAGGUCACCUCGACGUGCACGAACCGCUUCAGGCUCUUCAGACACGUCUAAUGCCUCGAAUCAGGCCAUUGAGCUCGCCGCAUCUGAGCUUCAUACCCAAGAGCUGUUCUACUUGUCGCUUACCGUCAUAUCUCCACUCUUGGGCGCUUACCUCAUCCGGUACAUCCUCACCACCCUCGAAGGGGUUGACAAUCUUUCGUGGUUCAGUACAACACUGUUUGUCCUAGCAACAGGUAUUCGACCCUGGUCGCAUCUUAUUGCGCGUCUCCGUCAUCGUACCCAAGCGUUACAUGACGCUGUUCAUUAUCCUUCUGAGGAUUCUGCCGUUCGUCACCAGGCUCAUGUCGACAAGAAGCUUCACAGCAUUCUCCAACGUCUUGAAACAAUUAGUGAAGCCGUUUCUGAUUUACAAGUCAAGACGGCUAAGCUCGAGCCUCUCCGAGAGGUCUGCGACGACCUGAGCGAAGGAUUGGGUGACGUGGAGCGUAGUUUGUUGCGUCACGAUCGUAAAGUGGAGUCUGUGAGAGUUUCGCAGGAUAUGCGGCUUUCGGCUCUCGAGACGAGCCUGGUGCAUUUGGAAGAACGUCGACGUCAUGGUCGUGAGAUCCUGGCGGACCGCUCUGCGUUAUUUCCUUAUGGCCAUGAAAUCGGUUUCUACCUCUAUGGCCUCCUCUCUCCUCUCUGGAAGUUUAUUGGAAUACUUGGAAGUUUCAUUCUGCCGUAUAUACCUUUCCUCGAGAACACUUCGAAGGGUACCACCCAAAUCCACACCAACCUAGCUAACGGACCCGAUGCGCGAAAGGGCAUAAAGUCUCCCGUCUUAUUCACGUCUCGAUUGGAGACUAUUCCCGAGGCGGAAAAUUCUGAUUCCGAAGGAACGUACGUCUCUGGCGAUGAACCCCAACAGUCCAUGUCACCUCCACCGAAGGCGUUGAAGACCACUAUCAAACGUAGUCGCAGCGGAAGCCGUCCGGGCUUACGCCGUCAACAAUCCUAUGGGGCGAAAGCCUUUGCUUUCGCGUAUAAUGCCGUUGCCUGGCCUUACCGUUCUGCCGUCGGCGUCCUCAAAAUGUUCGUGUCUCCCGUGCAGAAGUUGGUACUCUAGUUUUUUUAUGUCUUUGGUGCCUCGUCAUGGUUUAUUCCCUUCAUUCUUCUGGUGUGUUCUAUCCUUGUAGUAUGUUUCAUUGGCCAGGGUUUCGAGUUUCGUCUCAGUUUCAAUCUCGGUGUCAGUGUCGGUCUCUGGACGAUAUAUCCUGCUGGACUCAAUCAUUCGCCUAUUCUCUCCUGCAUGCAUGUAUAUUAUUCUGGCCUCCAUUUGCAGCUUGUGUCUUGAUCAUCGAAGUUAAUCAUGAAUUUCUAUCAAUCUUGCCUUGACAUGUUGGUUCACACUGCCUGACGUUCCACUUACCGCACUUCUUCUCGGAGGUGAGACUUGAGCAUCUGUUAUAUUGCAACAUAUGUCCUCACCAAUAUCUUUGUUGGCUAGAAAGAUUUCCCUUCUCUCCAUAAUCAGAUUUCAGGCAUCAUAUAUAUGUAGUGAGUUCUGUUAUUCAGAUCUGAUAACUUGAGACAGUUUGCAAUAGCAAAAGCACAAAGCACUUACUUUAUC